CAUGCUGUCCAGCAUGACGAAGCUAAAAGAGGUCUCCGUGGAAGAUUGCCCAAAACUAAAUGAGAUACACAUCGCUGGGGUGUUGCAGUCGUUGGAGAAAUUGCAUAUCAAUGGGUGCGAGUCCUUCACAAGGUUAGUGUACGUCGACAUACAAUUGGAAUAUUCUCAUGAAUCUUCACUAAUCCUUGCAUCGGGAGUCUUCAAUGAGUUGCGGAGUCUCUUGCUACAGGAAUGCCCUAAAAUACUCGGUAUUCAAGUUGUUGGUGCAUUGGAAUCAUUAAAAAAGUUGGUACUUUUUUCUUGUCAGCAUUUGCAAAGUCUUAGUUUGCAUUUGCAAAGUCUUAGUUUGUCAAACUUAAAGAACCUCAAGUCUUUGUGCAUAAUUCUCUGCCAUGAGCUACGGAUUGUCGAGGGCCUCGACAAGUUGGAGUUUUUGAACAAGUUAUCUGUUGCUGACUGCCUAUUAUUGGAAAGUUUGAUUGAUGUAUCGACCACCCAAUUGCCAAAUGAAUGCCGCUUAUAUAUCGGUUGUUGCCCGAAAUUACGUGGGCUAAAGCAAGGAUUCAGAGGCUACGUCGAGUGUUUCAAGCGUUAUAAGGAGGAAGAGAGCGUGCCCGCUGUAUCAACAGAUCCAUUGAUAAUUUGGCACCCACCGAUGGUUUCAUGUGCAGAAAGCAGCGCACAAGCACAAAUGCGUGUACCGGGAAAGAUGGAGGAACUCCUGGCUCCAUUUGAGGAGGAAGAGAGUGUGCCGGAUGCAUUGACAGACCUAUCGAUGUUUGGGCACCCAUCGUUGGUUUCGCAUGCAGAGAGCAGCGCACAAGAACAAAUGCGCGUACCAGGAAAGAUGGAGGAACUCCUGGCUCCAUUUGAGAGGUCACAGGGGUUUCUGUUGCUUGAAGAUCAGAGAGAAGAAGAAGAAGAUCAUGAUGCAGGCGCACGAGCAGCAGGCCGCAGCAGGCCCAGCGGCAGCAGCAGCAGCAGCUGCUGCUGAUCCUGCAGAGCUCGUCGGGGAACUUGAGCUUCAGC